AUGACUAACAAUGAAAUAAAUGACACAAAAACUGCAUCUCAAAUUGAUUCAGAUACCAAGAAAAAACUUGUAAAUGAUGCAUCAACACAAACUGAAAAUGUUGCAGUUGAUGUUGAAGUCUUGGAGGAGCCUAAAGAUGCAAAAAAUACAGUUGACACUAAGACUUCAGAAUGGAAUGUAAAUAAAGAUGUUGAAGACAAAAGUAUAGAAGAACAGGUUAAGGAAGUUGCACAGUCAGCGUUACAAGAAAGCGGAAUGGUAUAUGUAGAAUCUGCUGGAAUGUACUAUGACUACAAGACAGGGUAUUAUUAUAAUUCUGAACUUGGAUUAUACUAUCACACGGAUACUGGUUGCUACUACUAUUAUUCAGAAGAAAAACAAAACUUUGUUUUUCAUUCAUAUCCCGAUAGGAGUAUUUUGGCUGCAAAUGCUCCACUUAUAAUGCAUGCUAUGAAGAAAGCCAAAAAGCAUAAAAAGGCAAUACAAUUAGAUGUUGAAAACCUGACGAAAAAUUUCUCUCAGGAAAAAGAAGAGGAUGCUAAUGAAGAAUCUAGCAAACCAAAACGAAAAAAGGUAAAUAAGGAAGAAAUGAAAUCUUGUAAAAAAAAGGAAUGUAAUAAAGUGAAGAAAAUUCAUAAAGAAACUAAGUCAGAAGAAAAGACUGCAACUGAAGCUGAGAAUAUUGAAUCUGAACCAAAGGACUGCAAAGUUCUCUACGAAAACGAAGAGCCGACAGAGAUUGAAAAUCCAAAAGAAGGAUCGAAGAAAGAAGAUUUUAAAACAGAAGAAGAUAAUGGUCUUGAAGACGGUGAAUGUAGUGAAACUGAGAGUGAAGAAGAAACCCAAGAAGAUGAUGUUGAAGACAUAAUAUCAAUUAAUAGCAUGUCAACUGUAACUGAUGAUGACGAUGAUUCUGUGGCAAAGCAACAUCCGCCGUGCAUGCGCCUGAUAGUUCGCGAAACGAAUGUGACCAAGCUGAAGGUUGGAAGCCUGUUCCUCAUCACCAAAGAUGGCGGCACUAUAGGCAGAGAAGGGGAGCAACACGCAAUUAUCAUUACAGAUAGCAAUGUUUCGAGGAAUCACUUAGACAUCAAAUACAACUUGGAACGGAAUAUGUACUAUGCAACUGACUUGGGCUCUAAAAAUGGUACUAUAUUAAAUGGAAUCAGAAUGUCGGACAGUCAAGACACAAGUUUUCCUAUGGAGGUUGUUCACGGGAGUGUAAUAGAGUUGGGCGAGACAAAACUGCUGUGUCAUAUUCACCCCGGGAACGACACGUGCGGACAUUGUGAGCCGGGACUUAUCAUGGAAUCGGAGGACAAAGAGCGGAAGGUCGCGUACACGCGCACGUGCAGCGUCCAGAAACAGCACCGGCUCGAGUUGGCCCGCCUGAAGAAUCUGUACGCGACGAGGCCGCCCGCGAUAGAGGCGGAGGCGUACAACGACAGGGCGCACGCGCGGCGGCAAACGGUCGGCUCGUCCCACCACGCGGAGAAGACACAGAGCAGCGAUAUUGACACGUUCAUAGCAUCGGAGAACAAAGGAUUCAAACUACUGGAGAAGAUGGGCUGGUCGAAGGGCGAAGGUCUUGGGAAGGACAGCCAAGGUGACAAGGAGCCGAUACCGCUCGUGAGCAACGAGGGAAAAUCGGGGCUGGGCACCUCCAGCUCGACCGAGGCUCGACCCGCGUACAAUCCGCCGAAGUCGACCCUGGGCCCGGCGACACUGCGGCUAGCCGCGCGCACCAAAAUGCUGCAACCGCCCGCCAAAGCGUUCCAAGACCCAGUCAACAGUUAUGAUUCGGAA